CUUUCUUUGGAGGUUGGGAUCGUGUAAUUUCAUGAAUAUUUUUCCAGAUCAGAAAAUUCUUCUUUUAUACUGACUUACUUUAUUUAACGACGAGCUUUUGUCGUAGGUAAAAAAUAACGUGUUCGACAGAUGUUUAAAAAGGGCAAGAAAAAGAAACAAGAAAAAGCAACAAAAGAAAAUGGCAAAAUAGCGGAUGGAAGUAAUGAGAGUAAAGCCUACACUAAAGGCGCGCCGAAGAACUCAUCCGACCAAACGGAUGGAUUUGACAAGGAUGGAUUUGUUGACCUUCAGCCCAUAGCCAGUAAUGUCACCAUCUUAGGGCCAAGGCAAAGCUGCAAGUAUGUUGGAACAUUUGCUGUAAUAUCAAGUGCAGAUGGGCGAAAAUCACUGCGUACACAUAAAGAACGAACAUCAUAUAUGAAAGAGCACCUUAAAAAUUAUAGGAGUACAACAAAUGGGGUGGCAGUUCUUGUACAAGUCUCUGACGAUGGAAUAAAAGUCCUCUCUUCUGAUGGAAAGAGAGUUCGAAUGGCCUACCCACUUCAAAGAAUCUCCUUUGCAACAUGUGAUCCAGACUUCUGCCUUUUUGCCUUUAUGACCAACAGCCCUUCACCUAUGGGCGUGACUGUACAUGGUCACGUGUUUGUCUGUCAUCGACCACGGCAGGUUCAAGAUAUUACAGCUAUGAUUGGCAAGGCUUUCAAGAUGGCAUUUGCCGCUUCAAGAAUGCCUUCCAAACCACCAGACAAUGAUCAAGAUGAAAAACAAACAAAAGCAGCUAGGAGAUGGGCCAAACACGAAGCGACCAGAGGGCAUGAAAGAUCAGAGCAUGCGGAAAAGGCUGCAGAACUGAAACGCAAAGAAAAGAAAGAGGCCACAAAACAUAACUCAUUUGGAAGCUUUACCGAUGGCAGCCCCGUCCUUCACAGAGCAGGGGUACAAAUGACAGGGCAUGGUCAAGCUAAUGAUGAUGUGGUGACAGACGCUUUGUCAGAUGCAAUAACUCCAAUGACCAUAUCUAGUCCUCGAUCUCGUAAAACGAGUGAUCCGCUACCGCCUCUACCCACAGAAAGAAUUCAGAGUCCUACACACCUGUCCAGAGACACUCUUUCUCGUAAGACAAGCGACCCUCUGCCCCUUCCACCGACUGUAGCCAAUCAAACGCCAGUUGCUGAUGGACAUCAAGGACGAAAUUCCAUAUCUCGCCAGAAAAGUGACCCACUGCCCCCUACACCAACGGAAGCCAUUCAGACACCAACCUCCGAUAAAAAUCAGCUGCAAGGCAAGCCACUUCCUCUGCGACCCUUGUCAGAGUUUGUCACUACCCCAAUAUCAGCUACAGCCAUCUCCGCGGAAGCACCAGCCCUUCCUUCCCGUGGCCAAGGUCAGCUCACUCCCCAGACAUCAUCAGCAAGUACAGAUGACGAGCAUGUGGUGGCUAUGCCAGACAGCAACACCAAGACAUUGCUAGGGAACAUGAGAGCAGAAACACCCACUAUGGUAGGUGGCGGCGCUAAGGUAGAAUACCUUGGAUCACCGAGUGAGGAAGAGGCAGUACAAAGACUUAAUGACCACCAGAAUGAAUAUUGGUACAUGCCAGGCAUUCCAAGAGAGUUCAUUAUGGAGAUGCUUCAAGCCUCCGAGGAAGGAUCAUUCUUUGUGCGUGACAGCCAGAGUAAACCAGGCUGUCACGCACUCACUGUUCGCGUGCCCACGGAGGUACACGCCAGCGGUUUCGGCAAUUACCUGAUUACGCCUAUACCAGAAGGCGUUAAGCUAGAGGGGUUCUCGCGCACAUUCACGGACUUGGUGUCCCUGAUCGAGUACUAUUCGUACCAUGCGGACGGUUUGCCGUGCAGGCUACUACUCGGCGGCUCCAACAUUCUUUGCAAUGAUGACGAGAAUAAUGAUUACAUUUAUAGUGUACCUUUGGACCCAGACUACAGACUGAUGUCUGAUUUCCACUCGAUGAUGGAGGAGCUAAAGUAAUACACACGUCGAGUUCUAUAUCAAACCGGUAGAGCACACGUCGAGUCCUUUAUUAAGCCAGUAUAAUAGCAUAUGCGAAGUCGAAAAUAGCGACGCGUAAAUUUUAAUUCGCGUGGCAGUUCCAAUGUUAAAAUAUCAAGCCGGUAUAGCACACGUCGAGUCCUUUAUUAAGCCAGUAUAAUAGCAUAUGAGAAGUCAAAAAUAGCGACGCGUAAAUUUUAAUUCGCGUGGAAGUUCCAAUGUUAAAAUAUGAUGUGAAGUGUAAAUGUGAAAGGAGAUAAAAUAAAAAUCUGGGUAACAGAA